AUGACUGCAUCAGCUAAUACCGAAUUGCCUUCUGACUCGGAAUUGGUUGUUCCGCAGGAGCUUACGCUCUCUACACCUUGGCUUAAAGCUGUAGUUGUCUAUAUGGGUGCUAAAUGUGAAAAGGAAAUGAAUGAAUUCAUGCUUUUACGUCGAGAGUAUGGGAAUGACCCUCGAAAGGUGUUAAAAGAGGGUAGAGAAGUAACUGCAUGUGGUGUUAACUUUAUUAGGGAACUUCGCAGAAACUGUCUUAAAGAGGUGACUGACUACGCAAAAUGUUUGGAUGAUUGUCGUGGAGGUGAAAUGUUGAUACCUUAUUGUCGACGUCUUCAAUAUCCAUUAGACAUUUGUGUAGAAGAAAAAAUGGGCAUAAAACGUCCAACGGUUGGAUAUUUUAGUAAAUUGCAUGUACACGAAAGUCAGAAAGAACAGCCUCCGAGACGUAAAUUUUAA